AUGACAACACCAACACCGCCAUCAACCCUUCGGCUUCGGCUAGUGACACCCCACUUCCUGUUGCCUACCCUCCCCUGCUCCGAGAACAAUGCUUCUGUCGCUGGUGAUUCGGUAAAGCGACCACGUACCAAAAACUGGGACAAAGAAGAAGACCUCCAGUUGGUUAGUGCUUGGUUGCAAGUCAAUACCGAUCCCGAUGUAGGCAACGAUCAGAGUGAAAAAAGUGGCAAGACAUCAGGAGAUAAGGAGUAUGAUCGUAAAGCUCCCAAAAAUCUGAAGAUCUUCAAGUUGAAGCAUCGCUGGGAUGCCUUGAAGGACCAGCAGAAGUGGAAGGCAUUCUGCGACGACGGAAAGAACGUCCCCAAGGAAGAUAGCGAUUUGGACCAGAGGCCAAUUGGUAGCUAGCAAGCCAAGGCCCAGAAAAGGUGCUGUACUGAAGAGGAUGACGAUGAGCUCGAGAAGGUGCAGAUUGAACUGGCUCGCGUUCAAAGCGUCCUCAGCGAAAAAAUUGGCGAGAAGCAUCGCGAAGCUUGCUCGUAGCGCCAAGAAGAUGGCUGACCAUGCGGAGUGGAUGCGCACAUACACAAUUAUGAGCGUGAAUUUGUCAACGUUGUCUGCUGCUCAACGUGAGAAUUAUGAAUCACUGCAGCAAGAGAUUAUUGCCAACAGACGCAAUGGGAGGGUAGAAGGGCAUAGUGAGGAAGAAGAAGAAGAGGAGGAG